CAGUGUCUGUAUUCGUUAACGUAACCAUAUCGAGUAUACGAGCAGAAAUUAACCAUUUGUCACUUUGUGAUAAUGGUAAUAGAUCAACGUUUUGCUCAAAAGAAAUUUGGUCCAUUUCACAAUAUGCUAAUUAUAAAAUAAAUAUCCAUAUCGUAAUUGUUAUGUUUUAUUUUGAUAUGGAUACUGAGCUCAAAGAAUAUUGUAUUUUUUUAUAUUUACCCCUGAACAUUUCAUCUAGUGGAACAAUUUCUGAUUCAUUCUUUUUCUUGAGAAAAAAAUCAUCUGUCAUUUUUUACAAAUUAUAAUGUGAUGAUGACUUGUUGCAAAAUUUUUUUCGAAUAGGAACACAAUGAAUGGCUUCACCUGAAGUAUAAACAUUUCAACUACCAUCUUUACUAUAUAUAUGUAAACGUAAUUUUUAAGAAACUUUUCUCUGAAAAAUUAGUAGGUAUUAGAAUUGAAUCAUGAAAUUCAAUAAAUAUCAGUGUCCACUCUCGUGCACAGAUUGUGGAAAAGUUAAUGUAUUUAAUGUAUUGGAGAGUGUAAAACCUCCUUAUUUUCAUCAAAUCUCAUUAUGUUUCUUCAAAUGCUUCUGCAAAACAAUUUGCAGUACAGAGAAAAUACUUAAUAUGCGUGGACCUCUUGUAUAUGAGAAACUUGGGAGACAUCUUCAAGACAUAGACAUCCCGGUUUUAUUAAUUUUUUUGAAGGAAAAUCAAGAUAUCACUCAUCUUAAUUUGGCCAGCAAUAAUAUCUCAGAUACUGGUUUCAUAAAUUUGCUUGAUCAUCUUCUUUUAUAUAAAAAUAUUCAAGAAUUGGAUGUUCAAAAUAAUAAUAUUGCCAACUAUGGAAUUGAUUACAUGCUUGAAUGUGCAAAGAAUUUAGAACUUAGAAAUCUUAAUUUGAGAGCAAAUAAAUUUGUUGACCAGAAUACAAAAAAUAUAGCACUCUUUUUAUUAGAAAAUAAACAUAUGUGCAGUUUAAAUAUUGCAGAUGUAAAUCAGACAGCUUCUGAUUUAAUAUAUUUCAUGAUGGUUUUGAGCUCAGACCAAGAAGUCUCUAAUAAAACUUUAAAAAGUUUAGACAUCAGUGGACCAAAUCCGGGGUGCAUGUAUUAUUUUGAUUCUGCUCAUUUUGCAGAUGUCAUUGGUCACAUGCUUAAAUAUAAUACUACCCUGAGAGCAUUACAUUUACAAAAAUACAACUUUAGUUGCCAUAAUAUUGAAAUCAUGAUGUCCAAUGCAAAACACAAUGAUUCAUUGCAUUUGUUGGAUUUAGGCUGUAACAAUAUUGGUGAUCAUGGUAUUGAUCAUAUCUCUGCAUGGUUGACAAAGAGACCAGCCUUAAAAACCCUAAUUUUGUGUAAGAAUAUCAUAACUGAUCAUGGUGCAAGGAGUUUGAGUUGUGCUAUUCCUUUUUCGAAACUUCUGUUUCUCGAUAUUUCACAUAAUAAAAUCACUGAUGAUGGAAUAGUGAAUAUCUUAUACACGCUGAAGAAAACUCCUUUGUUGAGACAGUUAAGGGUAUUUGGCAAUUGCAUUGGUCAUCAAGCUGCAAAGAUAGUUAAACGAAUGUUGAUAUCUCAAGUGUUGGAUCAGAAAAAUAUAGAUGUCAGACCAUAUAAAGUGGAUCUUUGGUGGUAUUUUGCAAGAUAUGAAGAAGAUUGUUGCAAAAAAGACUAUCAUGAUGUUCCCUAUCAUCUUUCUUCACAACCACCAAGGACUAUUCCUCCAACAAGACGUUCUAUUAGAAAAUAUUAUAAAUAUACAUAUUCGAUUGCAACUGAAUUUAAAUUGCAACAUUCGGCUGUAACCUUCACUUCUACAGCACUAGGCACAGAUCAUGCAAGAGACUGUAAAUGUUGUUAUUGCUUCAAAUGCGAGGAUCCCUAUUACGAUAAACAAUGUAAAGGAGCUGACCAUCCAGAUACUUGCACUUGUUGUAAGUGUAAGGGAGAUGAAAGUAGUGACUGGUCUAUAAAUAAAUCAGUUUUAAAUAAAAUUGUAUCUCCUUCUGAUCCUAUGAAGAAUAUUGAACAUAUCUUAAAACAAGUAAAUUCUAUGACCAAGGAAGAUAUCUCAAGGUGGUUUAAUAUUAAUAAUGAUAUCUUAGAAGAAGAUUUUAAACUUAUUGAUCCAAACGGAAGAAAAAGCACAAAAAAUACUACUUUAUGCAAAUGUUCAUGGAUGCAGCUAAGCACAUCAGUAUUACAGAAAUAUUUGCAAAAAUCCCCUUCAAAGGACUUAGUUAUUAUACCUAGAGAUGACUUUAUUUACCUAAACAGUAUGUGCAAAAAUGUUUGUACCAAAACUUCUUCAUUAGUUUACUGUUCAAAUGUUUAAAUAAAAAUAAAUAAUUGUCUACAAAGGUAUAAGAACAAAAA